UGAUGGACAAACACCCAACAAGAGCUUUUCCCUGCAGAAACCAUUGACUGUGGGCUUCCUUCAAAAAACGACGGAUUGCGGGGGGAAAGAGGUGGCAAUUAUAAUGGAUUCUGCGUGGAUUUAAAGCACCAGUUUGAGGAUUUAGAUACUUAGAUGAGAUUAGGAAGAAAUCCUUUGCUGUGAGGAUGGUGAGACACUGAAAUAGGUUGCUCAGGGAAGUUGUGGAUGCCCCAUACCUGGCAGUGUUAAAGGACAGGUUAGAUGGAGCUCUGAGCAAUCUGGUCUAAUGAAAGGUGCUCCUGCCCAUGGCAGAAGGGUUGGAACCAGGUGAUCUUUAGGGUUAUUUCCAACCUAAACCAUUCUAGGAUGUGCGCGCACCAUAAAACUGCACCCUUUCUUUAUCUGAGUCCUGCUGGGAACAUAGCAGUUGAAUGCCAGUUGCAUGCCAGUUUUAACCUUGGCUGAAGAAGACUGCAGAAGCUUUUGACGUCUGUAAAAAUUUCCAUUUGGUUAGACAGCAUGAGAGUUUUGUGAUUUUACAUUAACUGGCUGCUUGUCAGCUAGUACCUGAUUGCUGUCAGGGUCUGCCAUGGGAAAGCUGCUUUAUGCUUGCUCCUUCCUUCAAUUCCUGCCAAGACUCCUCCAACUGGGUGCUCUUAAGGGGGUAAGCUGGACCUUUGGACUGUCAGAACUUUGUCCUCAGCUUUUUGAAGUAUAUCAUCUGUGAUUACUUAGGUGAUCAGAACCCAGAACACUUAAAAAUCUUGUGGAUGCUUAAUACUGUGAACAAGAACUGAAUUAAUAUCCUUGGUUUAUCUGCAACCAUUUUUCUUCUUGCUACAUAAAAAGCACUUUUUGGUUUCUUCUUCCUAGCUUCUAACUCCUCUUUAUCAGGACUCGUGGCACUGUAGGAAGAAAUGAUGUAUUUUUCCUGUAAUGUGUGUGGUAUAAUGGUGAUGUCCAGUAGUAGCUGACUAUACUUCAUACCACCAUAGGGAAGUGUUGUUGAUUAUAAAUGCAACUUUUAUACUUCCCCUGCUUGACCACAGAGGGUUCUAUACAUUUAGUAUAUCUACUACCUGUGAAUUUGAGUCUACUUAAUAAAGGUUGAUAUUUUAAAUGAAGAAAACUAAUUGUCCUUAUAAAUUUGAAUACAUUUCCAUUAUUCAAUGGCUUUUAACAGGCAAGUCUUUUGUUUAUUUUGUUAGGUUUUGCACUUUGUUGGAAAAUCACAUAUGAUGUAAUUCUGUUGCAAGAUCGAUUUCUUCCUCCUUCCUUGUGGUGUAAUCCCGAGGUUUUUAAGGAUUACAGUCCUGUCUCUGUUAUAAUCUCUGUGCUGUCAGGCCCUUCUUAAUGGAGGGUAGAGUGAAACAUUAUGAUUCAAUGUUUCCCAUAAGGGCAUUCCCAGAAAGUACCAGCUUCGGCAUGUAGCCUUAGUCACUUCUGAAAAUAAUAAUAAAUUAAUCAUCCUAUAAUUAUAAUUCUGUCUUUGGACCAACAUGAAAGCCUCAGUGAUACAUUUGUCUAUUUAAAUGUAAAGAAGAAUGCAGCAGUGAGAAGGUUUUGCGUAUAGGUUAAUCUUAAGGUCAGUAGGAGGAGUUUAAUGAAAAGGAUAUUAUGAGUAAGAUGCUUCCUGAACUCGGGUUUCAGGCAUCCCAGCUAGAGCUGAGCUUUGGAGAUCUUCUGGAGCCAAAGGUGGAAGGGGAGUGAAGCUGGUAUGGCAGUCACUCACUGCUGGUGUGGGAGGUAUAAAACAUACAUGGCUCCUGGUUCCUCAAAUGAGAAGAAUACUGAUGAUGGACAGGCUUCAAAAGAGAACUUUAUUCAUCUCUGCAACCCUCACCUGGAGAAAAUGAAAGAAGAUAUCCUAUACCAUUUUGCUCUUGGGACUGGUACCCAUGAUUUUCCAUCAUUGUUUGGGGAUGUAAAGUUUGUGUGUGUUGGGGGAAGUCCUUCCCGGAUGAAAGCUUUUAUUGCCUACAUAGCAGAGGAGCUGGGGCUGGGGACCCCCGGGUGUGACUACCCCAACAUCUGCGCAGGCACCGACCGCUACGCCAUGUACAAAGUGGGGCCUGUAUUGUCCGUCAGUCAUGGUAUGGGCAUUCCUUCUAUUUCAAUCAUGUUGCACGAGCUGAUCAAACUGCUGUAUCAUGCCAAGUGUUCUGACAUAACCAUCAUUCGCAUUGGCACCUCUGGUGGAAUAGGUCUGAAGCCAGGCUCAGUGGUUAUAACUAGGCAGUCUGUAGAUGCCACCUUCAAGCCUCAGCUGGAACAGGUUGUUCUGGGAAGGACAGUAAUUCGCAGCACUAACCUGGAUGAACAGCUGGCUAAGGAUCUGAUGCAGUGCAGUAAAGAAAUUGGUCAGUUCAAUACAGUCAUUGGAAACACCAUGUGCACUUUGGAUUUCUAUGAAGGACAGGGGAGGUUGGAUGGUGCAAUCUGCUUAUACGAUGAAGAAGAAAAACUGCAAUAUUUGAAGAAUGCUUAUGAAUCUGGUGUCAGAAACAUCGAGAUGGAGUCUUCUGUAUUUGCUGCAAUGUGUAACCUCAGUGGUCUCAAAGCUGCUGUAGUGUGUGUCACUCUUCUGAAUCGACUGGAAGGGGAUCAAAUCAGCAGCCCACAUGAUGUCCUUGUGGAGUACCAGAAGAGGCCGCAGAAAUUAGUGGGAUAUUUCAUUAAGAAAAGUCUUGGGAAAGUCUGAAAUAUCCAUCUUGUGUUUUAGGGAAGGAGAAGGCCUUUGUACAGAUCUGGUCACAGUUAUGACUUCUGUGCAUUACAAGUCUUUUGCCUCACAAUAACUUACAGCAUUCCGUGUGCCAGUGGAAGUUAAUCAUUUAUGUAAUUGGGAACUGAAUGUGUUGAAGGACUUAAGUUUUGCUUAGUAAUGCAUUGCUGGACAGAAAACUCACUUUUCUGUGAAUUGGAAAGUGGAUCUGUUCUGAAGGACAAGCCUGUGAUAAUACAUGAAAAAGCUUUAUUUAUGUCUUCUGUCAAAGAAAAACUAGAGAGAAAAUCAAACUUUAUGGCCAAGUAUGUGCAUACCAGCAAACUAACCUAAAAAUUCAAAUAAUUUUCUUGUUGCUAUAAAAUAUUAUAUAAGUUAUAAUUGUCUUUGUUGCUUCACUUGUAAAGAAGACUUGAAGUGAAUGCAGUUUAUUUUUUUUGCAGACUUUGACAAAUAAACAAUACUAUUUUCAUAUAUUAAAAUUUCAUGAAAUUG